AUGGGAUGUGCAUGGAGUGAACCAGCUAAAGUUCAGCAGGAUAAGAGUAGGGCUAUAGAGAAGCAAAUAAGACACGAUGCAGAAAAAUCAAUGAAAGAGGUCAAGUUACUUCUUCUUGGUGCUGGUGAGUGUGGGAAGUCGACAGUUUUAAAACAGAUGAAAAUAAUCCAUGGUGAAGGUUACAGGGAAGAAGAGAGAAAAGAGUACAAACCCAUCAUUUUCGCCAACACCCUUCAGUCGAUGAUAAAAAUUCUAAAAGCAAUGGAGACACUGGAUAUAACGGCGGAUGGUUUCGACCAAGCAGAUGAAUUAAAGCACCUAAACGGAUAUUUACCUACAGUUGAAGAAGGUGAUUUUCCUGAGGAUUUAUCAAAACUUUUACUAAAACUAUGGAACAACACAAGCGUGCAGAAAUGUUUCGCACGUUCCAAGGAAUACCAACUGAAUGAUUCCGCAGGCUACUACCUCAGUUCUAUUGAUAGAAUAUCUGCUCCUGAUUACUUGCCAACUGAACAAGAUGUAUUGAGAUCUAGGGUGAAGACAACAGGUGGACAACGUGCUGAACGUAAAAAAUGGUUACAUUGUUUUGAAGGUGUUACUGCUAUAUUAUUUAUAGUUGCUAUGUCAGAAUAUGAUUUAAAAUUAGCUGAAGAUCAAACUACAAAUAGAAUGCAUGAAUCCUUACAAUUAUUUGAUUCAAUAUGUAAUAGUCAAUGGUUUGUUGAAACAAGUAUGAUAUUAUUUUUAAAUAAAAAAGAUUUAUUUAAUGAAAAAAUACAAAAAUCUCCAUUAACAAUAUGUUUCCCUGAAUAUACCGGAGAACAAACUUAUGAAGAAGCAUCAAAUUAUAUAAGAGAAAAAUUUGAAGAUGUUAAUCGUAGAAAAACAACUAAAACAAUUUAUACACAUUUUACAUGUGCUACUGAUAAUAAUAAUAUACGUGUUGUAUUUGAUGCUGUAAUAGAUGUGAUUAUUAAAUCAAAUUUAAAAGAUUGUGGUCUAUUUUAA